GAUCGCGGUGGCCCGACCUACGACCGCCACAUCACAUCACGGCCCCCCUUCGGCGCAGCUCCUCCGGCCCGGUCUCUCCCUCCCUCUCUCGCGUCGCCCACCACAGAGCACACGAGUCGACGCGCCGCGACAGCUCAGCUCUUUCGUCUCGUCUCGCCUCGCCUCCCCCGCCCCCUUCCAGUCCCCUCCGGCGCGCGAGCGAGAUCGAUCGCGCCGGACCCUAGAUCCCGAUGGCCUCUCGCCGCCGCACCCUCCUCAAGGUCAUCAUCCUCGGCGACAGCGGGGUUGGGAAGACUUCCUUGAUGAACCAAUAUGUGAACAAGAAGUUCAGCAACCAGUACAAGGCUACGAUUGGCGCCGAUUUCCUCACCAAGGAGGUGCAGUUCGAGGACAGGCUCUUCACCCUACAAAUAUGGGAUACUGCCGGUCAGGAGAGGUUUCAAAGUCUUGGUGUUGCAUUCUACCGCGGUGCAGAUUGUUGUGUUCUAGUUUACGAUGUUAACUCGAUGAAAUCAUUUGAUAAUCUGAACAACUGGCGUGAAGAGUUUCUAAUUCAGGCUAGCCCAUCAGAUCCUGAUAACUUCCCUUUUGUUCUGCUGGGUAACAAAGUUGAUGUAGAUGGCGGGAAUAGUCGCGUGGUUUCUGAGAAAAAGGCGAAGGCAUGGUGUGCCUCUAAAGGGAACAUCCCAUACUUUGAGACUUCUGCCAAGGAUGGAAUCAACGUGGAGGAAGCUUUCCAGUGUAUAGUAAAGAACGCUCUGAAGAACGAGCCAGAGGAAGAACUGUAUAUGCCGGACACCGUGGACGUGGUGGGUGGCAACCGGGGUCAAGGAUCAUCAGGAUGCUGUUAGAACCUGAGGCCACAACUGUCAGCUAUUCCUUUGACAUUACUGUAUUUCCAUGGUGACUUGUGGGCCCGUAUUUCAUUUGUGACCUUUUUCAAUCACCUCGUAAGUGCCCAAGGAAUGAUUGAUGCGUCUGUUCCGAGCUGUCAAUUUGUGGACGUUUGUGUAGUUUUAUCAUGAAUAGCGUCAUAUCUUGUGAAUACAGUCAGGCGAAAUAAGUGAAGUGUAAACUACAGUUGCUUCAUUAUGGUUUUGUGUGAAAGAAGCUUAAA